AUGGGUGUUAAAGGUCUUUGGUCGAUUGUAUCACCUGUAGGUGUUCGUGUUAAUCCUGAGAUUUUUACAGGUAAAAGAAUAGCUAUUGAUGUUAGUAUAUGGUUAUAUGAAUUGACGUAUGCUAAUAACGUGAAAGAUCUACGAUAUAAAUCUUUUGAUAACAUGAGUAUAUUUAAUGAUUUAUGGAUAGAUUUUUCUGAGAAUAUAUCUAAUGAACUAAAAACAGAUAAUAUUAAAAAAGCACAUCUAUAUUUUUUUUUUUUAAGAAUAUGUAAAUUAUUGUAUUAUAAUAUAAGACCGAUAUUUAUAUUUGAUGGAAAUCCACCAGAAUUAAAAAGGAAAACUAUAUUUCAAAGACAGAUUAAGAAAAAAAAUUAUGAAGAAAAAUUUAAAAAAACAGCUGAGAAGCUUGUUUAUAAUUAUUAUCAAAGGACAUUAUUAAAUUCUUUGAAAAGUAAAAAUAAAAAAAAUGAUAAUUUAAAUAAUAUAGAAGAUAAAAAAAUUAAUACACCGAAAAAAAAAACAGAUAUACCAAAUAAGACCAAUGAUGAUAUAUCAAAAAGUAGUUUAUUAAAAAUAUAUGACGAUAUUAAAGAAAAAGAUAAAUCAUUAAAUAAUUUAGUUGAACAUGUGGGGAAUGUACCUGUAAGUGUUAAGGAUGUUUUAACUAUAUGUAAUGAUGAUUUAAGUAAAAUAAAAAAUAAAAUAUUUAUGAUAACCGAUUUUUGUCCUGUUCUUUUUUUGGGUGAAGAAGAUGGUCAUAUUGAUACUGUGGAGAAUAUGAAUAAAUUAGAUAAUAAAAAUGAGGAAGAAAAUAAUUUAAAUUAUUCUAUAAAUCAUAAUAACAUACAAGAUGUUAAUAAUAAUAAUAAUGAUGAAAAUAAUGAUAAUGAAAAUUAUAAUAAAUUACAGAGAGAUCAUAAAAAUUAUGUAGAUAGAAAUAAGGAUAGUACUAAUAUAUAUUUUGAUGAUAAUGAAAUGGAAGAUACAAAAAAUAAAAAUAGUCUAUAUAAUAAUGAUGAUAUUGAUGAACAAAUAAUAAGAAAAAAACAUAUGGCUAGAAAAAAAUAUUAUGAAAGCAUUCCAAAACCAUUUAAAGGGUUUUUAUGUAUGAGAAGACCUGUAGAUAUUAUUGAUAUAAGUAAUUAUAAUACAGAGAUGUUGGAAUUCUCAGAAACAUUAAAAGUAAAUGAAAAUAAAUUUAACCAACAACUUAAUGUCUUAGAUGAAAAAAAUAGGUCACCUAUAGUAAAUAUAAAUUUAUUAAAAGAUAAUAAUAAUAAUAUAAAUAAAGAUGUAAUUGAAGGAGAACCAAAAAAGGGGUAUAUUAAUUUGAUAGAUGUGGAUUCAUGUAAUAGUAAUAGUAGUAGUAGACUUGAAAAUUAUGAGAAUAUUGAAAGAGGGGGAAAAAAUAUGUUAAUAACAAACGAAGAUAAUUCUAAAAAUAAAAGUAAUAAUAAUAAUAAUAAUAUCAAUGUGAAUGAUAAUAAUAAAUACGUUGGAGAAUGUAGUCCAGAAAAAAUAAAUGAUAAUGGAAUAAACAAUAAAAAUAUUAAUAUAUUAGAAUUGCCAAAUAAUUUAGAUACAUCUAAUUUAUUUUUAGAAGGAAAAGAUGAAUAUAAAGUUUAUUAUGUAAACAAAGAAGAAAUACGAAUUCCAUUAUUCAAAGAAAUUAAUAAAGAUAUUUUUGAAAAGCUACCUUUAAAAUUACAGUAUCAAAUAUUACAAGAUAUUAAAGAAGAAUGGUAUACUGAUAAUAGAAUCAAAGCAAUAAAAUCAAAAGACGAUAUGGAUGUUUUUUCACAAGUACAACUAGAAACAUAUGUAAGAAUGAUUAAAACCGAUUUUGAAAUAGAAAAGUUAAAAAUAAAAAUGGCAGAAAAUAUUCAAAGUGUAGAAGGAGAAUUAUUAAUAAAUAAAGAUUUAUCAAAAAAUACAGAUAAUAUUAGUAUAAAAGAUUAUAAUGUUAUUCAAAAAAAAAAAUCCAAAAAAAAAAAAAAAAAAUUUCUAAAUGAUAUAUUAAAUACAUAUAAUUUUAAUACUGAAAGUAAAUAUCAGGAUCUAUAUGUUAAAGGAGAAACAUCACAACAAGAUAUUAAAAAAGAUAUUGAUUCGGUUAGACAGGAAAUUUAUAAAAACGAAGAUAUUAUAAGAGAUACAUAUGAUAAGUCUGAUAUAUUUAGAAAUAUUAAAAUAGAUAGUAAUAAAAAAAAUGAAAUUUAUAAAUUACAGUUGGAUCAAGAAGAAACUGAUGAAAAAAAAAUAUAUAAUAAAAAUAAUAAUAAUAGUGGAAGUAGCAAAAAUGUCUUUUUAAAAAUAGAGAAUGAAUUUAAAAAAGACCUUUUAUUAGAUGAUCGUCAAAUUUUUGGUGAUAGCCUUUUAGCUGAUAUAAAAGAUUAUAAAAACAAUUCUGUUAAUUUGGAUAAUAAUAAUGAAACAAAAAAUUUAUUGGAAGAUAGAAAAGAAAUUAUAAUUAAGAAUGAUUCUACUAUAAAUGAAUAUGAAGAAAAAAAUAAGAUAAUAUACAUAUCAGAUGAGCAAAAAUAUAAUGAAGGAGAUAUUAUAUUUAAAGAGAAAAAAGAGAAAAACAAUGAUACUUCAAGUGAUGAUUUUGAAAAUUGUAGUGUGCAGGAAAAAAUAUAUGUAAAUGAAGAUAUAGAAGAAUAUAAUAAUAAAAAUGAAGAUAUAUUAUCAGCAUCAUCAUGUUCAUCAUCGAUUAUAUUAGAAGAAGUCAAAUAUAAAAAAGAAAAAAAAGAUGAGUUUGUUAGUCCUAAUUUAUAUGUUUUACUUGAUGAAUUUGAACAUUCUAAUGACGUUGAGAAUAAUUAUAUUUCCGUUUCUUCUGAUGAUAUAAAACCACAGGUGGACAAAAAAAAAAUUACAAGAGUAAAUGAAACUACAGUAGAUAAAAUAAAUGUGGAGGAUGUUAAAAAAGGAGAUGAUAAUAGGAUAAUAGAAAUAUCUUUUGAGGAUAGCCAUAUAUCAGAAGGGUCAAAAUAUAAUAAUAAUAUUAAUAAUAAUAAUAAUGGUGAUGAUAAUAUUUUUGAUAAUGUUGAUAAUAAUAUUUAUGAUAAUGAUAACAAAUUGGAGAAAAAAUUUCCAAAGGAUAAUAUUCCAGAUGUUGUUCAUAAAAACUAUAUUAAUAAUACAUUUAUUAUUGAACAAGGGGAAGGUGAAAAAGAAAAUGAAUUUGUAGAUAAUCAUAUAGAUAUAUUACCUCUUGUUGAUAAUAAAAUACUAUCGAUCGAACCACAAAAGAGUAAUGAAUUAAUAUGUAUCGAAAAUAAAAGCUCAAAGAAAAAAUUUAUGAGUAAAGAAGAUAUAAGUAAUGUGCUAAUACAUAAAGGUGAUGAUAUCAACAAUUUAAGUAAAGAAAAUUAUUUUGAAAUAUUAUUAGAUAAGAAACAAGAUAUGGAUAAUUUCCAUAUGAAUGUAGAAGGAAGUCAUGAUAAAUUAAAAGAAGAUAAAUUAGAUGAAGGAGCUUAUUUUGAAUAUCUAGAAGAUAAUAAAAUUCUUGAUUCUUAUAUAAAAGAAACAAAUAAAGAAAAUGAAGAAUUAAUAAAAGAAUAUAAAAAAUUAAAAAAAAAUAAUAUUGAAAUAAAUGAUGAAAUGAAUGAUGAUAUAAAAUUAUUAUUGAAUUUUUUUGGUAUUCCAUAUAUACAAUCUCCAUGUGAAGCAGAAGCUCAAUGUUCAUAUUUAAAUAAUAAAAAUUAUUGUGAUGCUAUUAUAAGUGAUGAUUCUGAUGUUUUAGUUUUUAGUGGAAAAACAGUUAUAAAGAAUUUUUUUAAUAAAAAAAAAACAGUGGAAGUUUAUGAAAAAAAAGCUAUUGAAGAAAAGCUAGGGUUAUAUCAAGAAGAACUAAUUAAUAUUUCUUUAUUAUGUGGAUGUGAUUAUACAAUAGGUGUGCAUGGUAUAGGUAUUGUUAAUGCUUUAGAAAUAAUUAAAGCUUUUCCAAAUUUUGAGGAUUUAAAAAUAUUAAAAGAUAUUGUAUCUAACCCUUUUAAAAAAAUAAAUAAAGAUAUGUAUAAUCAAGAAAUACAACAAUUCUUAAAUACUCAUAAAAAUUAUAAACUUAAUUGGAUAUUCCCUAAUAAUUUUCCUGAUAGAGAAGUUUAUAAAUGUUUUAAAUAUCCUAAGGUAUGCACAGAUAUUAAAAAAUUCGAAUGGCAUAUACCUGAUAUUAAUAGUAUAAUCAAAUUUUUAAAUAAAACUACAAAUAUAUCAGAAGAAAAAGUUUUUAAUGUCUUAAAUCCAAUUUUACAAAAAUAUAAUGUUAAGGCUAGAACAUAUCAGUCAAAAAUUGAAGACUUCUUUCCACUUUUGGAGAAAAAAAGAAAAACUGUAGAUGAUUUAAUUGAUAAAAUUAGAGCAACUAAUAAACAAAAGAGACAAAAAAAUAAAACACUUCAUUUGGAUAAUAAAAUAUCAUCACUUAUUGAUAUAAAUCCAGCAGGAGUUAUCAAAUCUAAGAGAAUGACAUCGGCCUUGGAUCAUAUAAAAAGGAGAAAAUCAAGCAAGAAGAAAAAGUGA